GUUUGAGUAUAUUAAGCAGGAGACAGCAUUUGCUUAGGACUUGGAUGCACAACUGGCCACUGCAUCCACCCAGCUGAGGACUGCUGGGUCCCAUCUAAACCGAGCAUGUUGAGGAUUGCUGGUUAUUUUUUCCUCCUGUAGCCUGGACACCUGGAGAGCUGCAAGGAACACCUGUCUCUGACUGACCUCAAGCCCCAGCAGCUGUCAUGGACCCCGCAGAGAGAAAAGGCUUUGUUGAGACUGUGGCUGACUACCUCCUAGACACGUGGAGCACAGAGGACCUGCAGCUCCUGCUGGCAGAGGAGGGAGCCUGGAAACAAUUUGUGGCAGCAGCUGAUAUGUCUAGAGAAGAGGAAGUUUGCUUGCGUGAAGCUCUUGGUGAGAUCAUUGCGGAUACUGAUGUGGAAGAUGAAGACGAGCUCCACCAUGACCAGCAGGACAAGACAGAGAGGCAAGAGGAGGACGCCUUGAGUGAAGCUCUCGGUGAGGACACUGACAUAGAAGAUGAAGACGAGCUCCAAAACGCCCUGUGGCACAGGGAACAGUUUUUGCAUGCUUAUCCUCAGGUGAAACUGGAGCUGGAGGAGCGUAUCGGGAAGCUCCAUGCGCUGGCAGACAAGGUGGACAAGGUGCACAGGGACUGCACCAUCUCACAGGUGGUGGCCAGCUCCACCAGUGCUGUGUCCGGAGUCCUGACUAUCCUUGGUCUGGCUCUGGCACCUGUGACAGCAGGAGUCAGUCUGGCGCUUUCAGCCACUGGCUUGGGGUUAGGAACAGCAGCAGCUGUGACUAGUGUUACCACCGCCAUUGCAGAAAAGGUAAACACGGCAUCAGCUGAAGCCAAAGCCAGCAAGUUGGUACCAACCUAUAAAGACACAAUGAAAGGCAUUAAAGAAGUGAUUGAUCAGAGCACCCGUAGGGUUCUUUCUGCAUCUACAAAUUCCAUCCCCAACGUAAGAGUCAUCAUGCAGAACAUUGAUGCCAUCCAGCUGACCAAAGCCAGCCCUUCCCUAGUAAGAAAUGCCAAGAGUCUCAUGACCACAGGGAAGAUAUCAGCCCGAAGCACUAGACAGGUGCAGAAAGCCUUUGGGGGCACCGCUCUGGCCAUGAGCAAAGGAGCCCGGAUCCUGGGUGCAGCCACCACAGGUAUCUUCCUCCUACUGGAUGUGGUCAGCAUUGUGGAAGACUCAAAGCAUUUGCAUGAGGGCGCAAAGUCAGAAUCUGCUGCAGAGUUGAGGCAGCAGGCUCAGGACCUGGAGGAGAAGUUGCAGGAGCUCAUCCAGGUCCAUGACAGCCUGACUCAGUGAUCUCUUCCUCUUCAGUGCAGCUCGGAGGACAGGGGAGGAGGAUGUGCUGGACAGAGCCAUAGGAGCCCCUGACA